AUGGCGAGUGUAUUGCAAACGGAGUAUGUUGGGAAUCAUGGAUUGAUUUAUAUGUGUACGAGGAAUUUAUUGCUUGCACACGCGAGUGUUUAUAGGUUGGUUAUUGAUAUAAAUGACAAGCCAGAGGAUUGUGAUGAUGAUUUGAAAGCAGCUGAGAGAUAUAGACAGUUUAUGAUAGGAAAAUGGGGACAUCCUAUUUAUACUGGAGAGACUUCCCCCAGUGUUAUGAAGGAAUAUGUGGCUAAUGCAAGUCAGCUCAAGGGGACCAAUGAUUACUACAAAUUAUUACCCAGUAGACUUGUAUUUUUCAAUGAUACUUUGAAUGAAGAUAGUUUACAGAGUGAUGCACAAGUUUUUGUUACAGUGGACCCAAAAUGGAAGCAAUCACCAACUCAACCACUGAUUUAUGUUGUGCCUGAAGCUAUACGAAAAUCUUUGAGGUUUAUUAGAGAUGAAUAUAGAAAUCCAACUAUAAUGGUUACAGAAAAUGGGUAUGGGGAUAAAGGAGAAUUUGAUGAUCGAGAUAGAAUAAAUUAUUUUAAUGAUCAUUUGAAACAAAUGGUUUUGAGUAUGAAUGAAGAUAAUGUAAAGAUUAUAGGUUAUACAGCGUGGAGUUUCAUGGAUAAUUUUGAAUGGACAAAUGGAUAUUUGAGUAAAUUUGGUUUAUAUUCGGUUGAUUUUAAUAAUUCUGCAAGACCACGUUACGAAAAAGAUUCAGCUAUAUACUAUAAAAAACUAAUUGAAACUAAAUGUCUUAUUGAUUCUUGUCUAAAUAAAACUUCAAAUUUCCAUUCGUAA